AUGAGAACGGUUACAAAUUAUUUUUUAGUCAAUUUAAGCGUUUCCGAUCUUCUUAUGUCGAUAUUAAAUUGCAUUUGUAAUUUUAUUUUUAUGCUCAACGCUAAUUGGCCAUUUGGAACGAUUUAUUGUUCUUUAAAUAAUUUCGUAUCGUCUGUAACCGUUGCCGCUGGAGUUUUCACCCUAAUGGCUAUUUCAUUCGAUAGAUACAUGGCUAUCGUGAGACCUUUGCAACAUAGGAUGUCCCAUAGGAAAGCAAGAAUCGCUUUGGUUGUUAUAUGGUUAGCCAGCGGAUUGCUUGGGAUUCCGCCUCUUGUUUAUUCAACCACCAUGACGAAAAGAUAUGCCGAUGGUCAAACACGAAUCAUUUGCUACAUGUUGUGGCCGGAUGGAGCUUAUCCAACUUCAAAGACUGACUACCUGUACAAUUUAAUUUUCCUCGGAGUCACGUACCUUAUGCCGAUGAUCGUCAUGGCCGUUUGUUACACAUUAAUGGGAAUCGAAUUAUGGGGUAGCAGAUCAAUCGGAGAAUUAACACAAAGACAAAUAGAUUCUGUUAAAUCUAAAAGAAAGGUCGUUAGAAUGUUUAUUAUCGUCGUGACGAUAUUCAUUUUCUGUUGGCUACCCUAUCACGGAUAUUUUAUAUACGCAUAUCAUAAUAAUUCCGUUGUCGGAAGUUGGUACGUUCAACACGUUUUCCUAUCGUUUUAUUGGUUGGCAAUGUCGAACGCCAUGGUUAAUCCAAUUAUUUAUUACUGGAUGAACGCUAAGUUUCGAGUUUAUUUUCAAAGAGUAAUUUGUUGUUGUUUUCGUUCGAAAUAUAAAUCACCGAACAAUCGAAAAGUUGGUCGAGUCAGCAGUCAAUCGGACAUGAUGGCAAAAUCUAAAACAGGUUCUAUGAAAGGUACGUUUCCCCCCCCCCCCCCAACAAAUUCAAAUUUUUUUCCGUCAUUUUUUUUUGUACAACUAGCGCAUCUAGCGGAAUUUUUCAUAAUUAUUAUUCGUAACACUUGUGACGUCAUACAAAAAUGUUGUUAUCAAUGA